UCAAUUAUUCGGCACUCUGCCAGGGAAGGAAGUAUAGCUAACCUUAGAAGGGCUCUGAGCUUAACAUUACAGCAUCAAAGUAGAAAGGACUGAAUAGUUGCUUCUGCAUUCAUCUUCACAUAUAGAAAACCUACAUCUUCACAUAUAGUUGCUUCUACUCCUUGAUAUUAUUAUUAUUAUUUAGAUUUGUCUCACAUCAGUUGAAACAUAUGAACAACCUACAUGUAUGUGCAUGUGAACCAUGAAAAGGAGGAGAUCAGAAAAAUUCCUGUUAUAUUUUGAGAUCAUAGCUAUAUUCUAUUGACAUCAUCAUCAAAAUUUUCUGUAUAUAUAAUUCUAUCAACUCCAUUCUAAUUAAUUAAUUAAUAUUGUUUCAAUAAACUUUGUUACUUUCUAUCUGUUAUUGCAAACUAAGUUACUGCCUAUACAGUACAGAAGGCAUUUCAAUAUCACAAAACACAGCACAAAUGGGUUUUCUAUCUGGUUUUUCUUGCUGCUUCCAAUCUUCUUCUGGUGAUAGAGGAACAGGUAUCUUCGAAGAACAACCAUCAUCCAUUAUAAGUGAACUCUGCCGUCAGUUUUCACUUUCAGAGAUGCAAUCAGCAACAAAUAACUUCCAUAAUUCUUUUAAAGUUGGAGAAGGCUCCUUUGGCAAUGUCUACAAAGGUUAUCUGGAAAACAGUUCUACACCAGUUGCCAUCAAACGGUGCAAGAAGUAUUCAGUUUUUGGUCUUUCUGACUUGAAGAAUGAGGUUGUCCUGCUUUCUCAGCUGCAACACCCCAAUCUCAUCUCCUUAGUUGGAUUCUGCAUUGAAGGAACCGAGUUGGUUCUUGUAUAUGAUUACAUGUCUAAUGGUUCCGUUCGUGAUCAUCUUCAUCGUGGGAACAUAGAUCCACUUACAUGGAAGAGGAGGCUUCAAGUUUGCAUAGGAGUGGCGCGUGCACUGCACUAUCUUCACACAGGAGCCAAGUACACUAUUAUCCACCGGAACAUUAAAACACGUCUCAUUCUUUUGGAUAGUAAUUGGGAACCAAAAGUUUCAAGCCUAUUAAUAUCCAAAAGGGGAGCACUUAGUACUUCAAAGUCAUUGACAAGGGUGGAGUCAGAUGUGAAGGGAACAUUGGGGUAUCUUGAUCCGGAAUAUUACAACACAAGUAUGUUGACUGAAAAAUCAGAUGUAUUUUCAUUCGGCAUAGUUCUAUUAGAAGUUGUGAGUGCAAAGCCGCCGCCCGAGAUUUACGGAGAAUACUUUCACUUUCAACGCUUUAGUCAGUCAUUGAGGUCAUUUGCAAAUGAAAUUGUUGAUCCAAUUCUUAAGUCUAAGAUUGAUCCAGAUUGUUGGAAAACAUUUGUUGACAUCACUAUGAGAUGUUUGCUUAUGGAGGGAAGGGAGAGGCCAGACAUGGGAGAAGUGGAGGUGGAACUUGAACAUGCACUAAAAUUGCAAGAGGAAGCUGAUGCCAAUAAUUAA